AUGGAUAACUCAUAUGGCAAUAAUUCUCAAACGUCUUAUCAACUUCCUAAAGACGAGCAUACCUUUUUAACGUCAAUUCCUAGAACUAAACACGAACUAGACCCUACAAUCCCAAAUUCUGAUGCAAUUAAUUCACUAUAUUCUCAAAUAAACAGCUGCAUUUCGGUAACAAUAACUUCAGGGCCUUGAUAAUCAAGUAGGAAAAGUCCUUCAAAAGCAUGAAGCCGACUUUUUAAAUGUGUAUAAAGGAUUAGAUUAACGCUAGGUAUUUAAGGUCCCCACUACGUCCGAGGAAGCAUUCUACGGUUUCCCGUAUGGUGGCAGAGCGUUCACCAAGCCCGGGCCGAAAACCCCGGUUUCUCGGUAGAGGCAAUGUCAAGGGCUGUCUCAUACCGGCUUUGCUGACCGCCUCCAUUUCCAACUUGGAUCGUCGCCUAAGUUUACGCCAACACUGCCGCGUCUUCCGCCAGAUCUGCCCAUUGAAGGGCACCUUUUAACUGGAGAGAGACCCCGUUUAGUCGUAUAUAACUCGCCUUCCCCUCUUUUCCGGUCAUCCUGAGAAAGAACUCAACAGCUUUCGCCAUUCGGGGCGAGCCACAAAAGCAGCUUUAGGCAGGUAAGUCGCCCUGCCUCAUUUCGGGCACUCACUGGGCUGAGCGCUGCUGGCAAAAAGAAGUCACGAGUAACUGCCCAUGGGUCUGGUUACAAAAACAGCGGCUUUUACGCUUAGGCCUCUCGCUUCGAGGUCCCAGACGUUGUUGGGCUAACUCCUGGCUCCAAAAACCAUGCCCGGAUAUACAUGGGUAACCACCACUGAGAGGGUGGGUCGGUCGCCGUCCCGCCAUUUUAUGUAUAUUUUAAAUGUGUAUAAAGGACAUAUGUAGGCUUAAGGUCAUUUAAUUUAAUUUUCCGAAAUAAUUAUUAAAAUUAAUAUUUCAAUAGGGUUUUUCUUUAAAAAAAAUUUUCACCAUAUGUAUAUGAUUCAAAAAGAAAUGAGAAUUUUAAAAGAAAAAGUCAGCGAAGAAGAAAUCAAGCGUAGAAGAGAUGAAGAGUUACGGGUUUUGGAAACGGAAAGAGAUUGGUUUCGAAAUGAAGCUUUAAGGUUAGAUAAAAUAUGCAAGGAAUAUAAGCGGAGCAUGGAAAUGUGGAAAAACAAAGCCCAGACAUUAGAGGAGGAUAGAAAAUUUAUGGAAGAACAAGUGCUAUCAACAAAAAAAAACAAAAAUUUAUGGCAUUGUAUAGAAAUUUCUUAAUAGUAGUUUUGGGUCAUUUUACUAUUAAAAAAUAUUUAUUUUUUUAAAAAUAUCUCUCCUCCCAAAAUUUACAUUUGCGUGAGAAUUUAGAAAGCAAUAUGUCUCAUCCUCCUGAUUUUACCCUUUCAAGCCCACGAAGUGAAGAUAUGGACCCUCUAGCUAUAGAAAGAGGUGACAGUUUAGAUGCUGGAAGAGAAUCUAAAGACUACAAAAAAUAUAUGAGUGCUGCACCAUUUAUUACCAUGCAAGAUCUAAAAAAAGUUGAAGAAAGAUACAAUGAGACUAUAAAACACUUAAAAAACCAAAUAGACAUACUUAAAAAAAGCCUCCACGCCCAAAAAUCCGCUCAAUCUAAUUAUGUAUUAGAAAAAGGAGAGCUUGAAGAUUUCUUUAUUCAGUGUAUUGAAGAAGUCAAAAAAGAAAUAACGAAAAGAAGAAGUCUAUCGUUACUUCACGCAAGAAAUAAAAUGCCCAAUACCACCAGCUCAAAAUCUUUGAGGUCAGCAAAAUCUAUUGAGGUCUCUGAAGAAAUUAAAUUAGACCAAUUUAAAGACUGCGACAAAAGAAAAGUCUUAGAAAUGCUUGUUUGUAAUGAAGAAGUAUUAGCGUUGUUUCAUGACAGGAUUUUCCCACAAACGAGAGAAAGACCUAAUACUAAUAUGUCUUCGAAGAGAGUAAAAUCAAGCGCAAGCUCUUCAAAUUUGUUAAAUACACAUGGAUUAAGUUCACAUGUUUUUAGUAUCCCUGCGUUUAGCGAUAAGAAAAGAGGGCUGAUGAGACCAAGCACAGCUCCAAGAGGCUGGUUUAAGAGUUAA